AUGGCGCUUCUUCCGAUGGUCAGCGGCCAUUUUCAGGCGGUCUCGAGCACCAUCAACGGCAGCAACGGAAACAGGGAGAGCGUUCCUGAGGAGGAGCGGCUGAGCGCUAAAGAUCAGAAGAGCGUGGAGCUGUACAACAACACUCCCAUCAUUGACAACCUGCAGCCAGAGGGAGGAGGAGGCGUCUCCAGCCAAGAAAGGAGCACACAUGAGGAGGACAUCAGGAAGCUGUACAAACAGCUGGAUAACAAGGAUCAUGAAAUCAACCAGCACAGCCAGCUUGCUGAGAAACUUAAAGAACAGAUGUUGGAUCAGGAAGAGCGUUUUUUCCCUCACAGCUGCUGGCAUCGACCAGGGGGGACCAUGACAAGAUUCAGGACGAGCUGUGCUGGCUGCAGACGGAGAAGGAGCCUGCCAAGGAGGAGGUGAAGGAGGUGCUGCAGGCCCUGGAGGAGCUGGCCGUCAACUACGACCAGAAGAGCUCGUUUGUCAUGAUUAUCUAUCUGAGAUAAUCAAAAGAAAUUAAAUAUAAAUGUAUACUUCUUAGUGCUGCUGGACAGCUGUACAUGAGACACAAAUCAGUCAGUCUUCAUCAGGGGCAUUUAGCUCCUGUCCUUCAUGUUUUAGAUGUGUCCUUAUACUGACAUAGCCAAGUCAAAUGGCAGAAUUGCCUCCGUACCAUGUCAUCAGGUUCUGCAGAGGCGUUCCCAUGAACCAUUAUUAGAUUCAGCCAUGUUACACCAGCAAAACAUCUAAAAUAUGCAGAAAACCAACCCUUGAAGUCUGAAUCUGGACACCACAGUGUAGCUGGAAGGAUUGUACAUUUUGCCAAGGAAUGGACCAGUUUGGGAGGCUGAAUAGCGGGACAUCAGGGUGAACCAAAGAUUGGUGGAAGAUUAAAUGAUUGGGAAAAAAAUUCUGAUAAACAUUCAAUGAACAUCCAAGAACUCUGUGCUGACGCAUUUAACUAUAACAAUCAGAUUUUAAAAUGCAAUAAAUACAGAUGACUGCAGUUGAGUCUAAAAAUCUGAAAGAAAUUUCAAACCACAAGUUGCAUGCACAUUAAUUUAAUUGAAAGAAGUUUCCACCUU